UGACGCUACUAGAAACCAAAGUGACGACAGGCGAUAUUUGUUGUCAUAUCUGUUUUUUGUUGUGAAGAGCAAAGGCGAGGAUCAUCUUUGCUCGGAUGGACCUAAGGUGAAUAUUAUAGAGAGGUAGAAUGUAAAACACGAUGGCUGGUUUUGAAACGUACCAGGAGUAUCAUCGGAUAGAAGACUGUGAUGAAGACUCACCCCCAGGAGAGGAAGAUUUACUCAUCCAUGUGUCAGAGGGCAGAGGGGACCCAUGGCAUCAUAUCAAGAACCUCGACAAUUUCUUCACAAGAAUAUAUCAUUUUCAUCAGAAGAAUGGAUUCGCCUGUAUGGUGUUAUCAGAAUUUUUUGAGCUUGUGCAAUUCCUGUUUGUGGUCACGUUUACAACUUUCCUCUUCAACUGUGUGGAAUAUGAUGUUCUCUUUGCCAACCGAGUGGUCAACCACACGGGUCAGAGCCUCGGUCCUCUGGACAGGAACAAGGUCACCCUUCCUGAUGCUAUUUUACCCAGCGAGCAGUGCACUGAGAGGAUUCAAGGAAACAGCUGGAUCAUCUUUCUCUUGAUAAUGGCGGCCAUUUUCUGGCUCUAUCGGCUUGUGAAGGUGAUCUUUAACGUCCUCAGCUACUGGGAGAUCCGGCAGUUUUAUAUUAAAGCUCUGAAAAUACAGAUGGAUGAGUUGUGCAACUUCACAUGGCAAGAAGUUCAAGGGCGUUUGAUUCACCUGCAGCGUGAGCAUCCCAUGUGUGUCCAGAAGCGGGAACUUUCCGAACUCGACAUCUACCACCGCAUCCUGCGCUUUAAAAACUACACGGUGGCCAUGAUCAACAAGUCCCUGCUGCCCGUCAGACUGCGCGUGCCCUUCUGCGGCGACAUGAUUUUCCUCACGCAGGGCCUAAAAUACAACUUUGAGCUCAUUCUGUUCUGGGGACCCCUCUCACUCUUCCAGAACAAAUGGAGCUUGCAUCCUAAAUACAAACGGGCGGCAAACCGGCAGGACCUCGCCAAGCAGCUGAGCCGCGUCAUACUGUUGACAGGGCUGGUCAAUCUGCUGCUGUGCCCCUUCGUGCUGGUGUGGCAGGUGCUGUAUGCGUUCUUUAGCUACGCUGAGGUCAUCAAGCGGGAGCCGGGGAGUUUGGGGGCCCGGCGCUGGUCGCUGUACGGUCGGCUCUACCUGCGCCACUUCAACGAGCUGGAUCACGAGCUGCAAGGCAGGAUGGGCCGUGGGUACAAACCCGCCGCCAAGUACAUGAAUGUCUUUGUUUCUCCUAUGUUGGCGGUGCUGGCCAAGAACGUGGCUUUCUUCUCCGGCUCGGUGUUCGCUGUGCUCAUCGCUCUGACGGUGUACGAUGAAGACGUGCUGACCGUGCAACACAUCCUCACGGCCAUCACCGUACUUGGCGUGGUCAUCACCAUCACCAGGUCGUUUAUUCCAGAUGAACAUAUGGUGUGGUGUCCUGAACAGUUGCUGCAGUGUGUCCUGGCACACAUCCACUACAUGCCCGACCACUGGAAGGGCAACGCCAACAAGAGCGAGACCCGGGAUGAGAUGGCACAGCUUUUCCAGUAUAAAGCGGUCUUCAUCUUGGAGGAGCUUCUCAGUCCCAUAAUUACUCCCUUCAUCCUCAUCUUCCCCCUGCGGAGCAAGUCUUUAGAAAUCAUCGACUUCUUCCGUAACUUCACCGUGGAUGUGGCAGGGGUGGGAGACAUUUGCUCAUUCGCCCAGAUGGACAUCAGGCGCCAUGGCAACCCACAGUGGAUGUCUGAAGGCCAGACGGAGGCGUCGGUGUACCAGCAGGCUGAGAACGGCAAGACUGAGCUUUCCCUGAUGCACUUCACCAUCAAAAACCCUCGCUGGCAGCCGCCGCAGGAGAGCUCGGUGUUCAUCAGUCACCUGAUGGAGAAGGUGCAACAGGACGCUCAGACGGGACCGUCUCCUCAGCUGCUGCUGUCCGAGGCUCCUCUCUGUACCUCGCUGCUGUCCAACGAGUCCGCCACUGGGCCUGAUAACCUGUUAGCCAGUGUGUUGGCUCACCCUGUGCUGACUGCCUCUGGACUGCCUGGAAGGAACCGGCGCUUCAUCUCUCCGAACAGUGCAGCUUCAGCCGCGGCUAGUGUCCUGGCGUCCCUCUCGUCUUCCCAGCAGCCCCAUGCAGGACGAUCUCGCUCACACACAUUUCUACCAUCCCGACAGCAGCACGACGGCCUCAUGUACGACAGCGACCACACUGUGGCCGACAGCAUGUCCGCUAGUGACUCCAAGAUGCUCAGCCAGUCUCAUUCAGCCCUGGUGUCAGAGUUUGCAUCUGCCGAGAUGAGCCUGCACGCUAUAUACAUGCAUGAGGUGCAUCAGCAGAAGACCCAGCAUGCAUCUGGACUGUUUCAGGCCUCUGUGCCAAUGAGGGACAUGAGCGCCAACAGUGCCCAAGGUCCCGAGACACAGACAGUCACCUUGGAGUCGCCCACUUCUGUCCGCCUGGGUGGCUGGGCUGAAGAGGAAGAGGAGGAGCAGGGGGACGAGGAAGAGAUAAACAUCAACCCUGUGCCAGAUCAGACCAGCAGAGGGAGCAGCUGAAGUGCCUUCAACCUGUACGGUUUUGUGUUGAUUUCUGGGAGUUGUGGCCUUGCUUUGAAACCUUUUGAUAAAGCGUGCUGGGACGCCACACCAAGCAUGCUGUUCCAGGGGCCGUCGGGUUCUCUGGACGCACCGUCUUCCAGUUCAGAGGAACUGAUGUAAUGGACUGCAAGAGUAUGUCUGCCACUCUCCCUCCCUCCUCACAUCAAUCACAUUUACAUUUAAGACUGCUGUGUGUGUGUGUGUUUGUUUUGUUUAUGACAUGACAGGAUGACACUUGUUUUACAGUAUUUAUUUCCAUUUCAUUUUUUCCUCAUGCAACGUUUGAUUUAUUCGGGUUAGGGCAAGUAACUUUCUCCGCGCCGGCAGUAUUUACUUUUGAAGCGCUGCCUCGGUUUUCAGGGAUGAAAACAUCCUUUAUCGUAGUAUUGCUAGUUUCACUUUAGCGUUACAGCUCCGGCGGACAGAGAAACUUCACUGAAUGUAAAAUCAUGCCAGUUGCCUCAUAAGAAAAACAUACUAUUCAACAUAAAAUUAUCUUUUUUUUCCUUAAAGAAAAUAUAAUAUAUAGGAUUAAGGAUAAUUUUGCCUAGUUUAAUUUAAAUGAAACAAAAGUUUUGACAGAUAUGAAUAAAAUGCAACAUAAAAAAAAAGAUUUUAGCAAUAAAAUUCAUCACAUUUUACCAAAAAGGGUUUGAUUUGCAGGGGAAUAGUUCAAAUAAAAAAGUCAGUCUGUCAUGAGCGCGUUUCAUCUACACUGACAAAUGUGCUUGUUUUAAUCUUUAGAUGAUCAUAUGACUGCAUU